AUGCAGAAAAGUAAAAGCUAUCGAAUAAAAAGAGCCAAUAGAGAUGGCAAACGUGUAAAACAAAUGUCUCUCAAUAACAAGUCACAAAUAUUGGAAGAGAAACUUGAUGCAGAGGCAGAGAAUAGGACAACUCUACCCAUUGUUCCUACGCCGAUAGAUUUUGACAAUUUCUUACCUUGGGUCUGCCGGGAGUGGAGCAUACCUUAUGAUGUGAUAGUGGUUCGUCCUAAUCUAGAAGUAAAUAAGGACAUUGAAGUUAAAAGGCUGCUGUCGAAGCAGUUAGAAGACACUUCUGAGGAAUCAGAAAAGAAGAGCUUUCAAAAAUUUCGAGUUUCGGAGACACUGAAUUUGAAUUCUUCCCUUCUAUCUGAUGAGAAAUUGAAAAGUAAACUUGUCAUAGAGGCAAAUUAUGAUACUCAAAACCGGCUCAAAGACAUAUCGUUUUUGGAAUGUUGUUGCGGUAUUCCAAAAAAAGUUAUUCGUGCAAUAAAUCUUUGUCUACCAUUUCACUCUAAAUUGAGUAGAAUAAACAUUCGCAACAAAGAACUAACUCAUUCCGCAUUAUGUGAAAUUGCUAAAAUGCUACCGCACUCUAAUGUAACUACUAUAUGUCUUGACAAUUCCAUCAUUCCUCAGGGUCGUUAUCAGAUACUUAUUAAAAAUACUUCUCAAUUGAGCUAUUUAUCUUUAAAUAGAUGCGAGAUAAACGAUGAUGUCUGCAAAGAGAUUGGCAUUAAUUUAACAUUCGGAAAAGGUGCUUCAAACUCACUUAAUGUGUUAGAGUUAGCAUCAAAUGAUAUCACCGAUGUAGGAGCAGAAUACUUGGGGAAAAUGCUUCGAACUAAUCGACGUCUAUUGCAUCUUAAUCUAGCAGGCAAUAAAAUAACUGACAUCGGUGGAAAAGCUUUGUUAACUGCCUUGAUGGAUUUUAACUUGACAUGUGAUGAAGUUUUAGAAAUGAAAACAAAACGUUACAAUUUUUUAAAGGAAAAUCCAACAAUGUUUAACAGAUCCUUGGAUCAAGUUAUGACGAUUUAUGAUUCAUGCGAGACGUUCAACGUUAGUAUUCCUCCUUCUUCACACAAUGCUUUGUCUAAAGUGAAGACACCAAGAGUUCGAACAACUAAACCACAAGAACUUUCCAGACAUUUGGCUGCCACACUAGCUGAUGAACUGUUGGAUCCUUACACUAUCCAUAAUUUAGAGCUAAGAAACGGAACCUACUUCGCUAAAGGAAACCUCAUUUUGUGUUCUUUAAAUUUAGCAUACAAUAAACUACACUACCCUUUUCUAAAGAAACUUGACGAAGUUUUAGCAUACCAGCAUCAUGCACAAAAAACUCUGUCCGGUACAGGACUGAUUAGAAUCGUAUUAGAUGGGAAUUACAUGCCGACAGAGUGUCAAGAGCUCAAUCGAAUUGAGGCUUACUUGAAGUUCAACAUAGACCAAAAACAACCUGAAACGACUGUAAAAAAGCGACAAUCUUUCACACUAUCAAAAAGAUCUCUGAGCAAGGCAUAUGUAAAACUUAAAUAA